AGUUGUACAAGCAAGUGAAGGAGACGCUGCUGCCAACUCCUUCUCGCCCUUUUUACAUUUUUAACUUCAGAGAUCUCAAAAGUUUAUUUCAGGGUUUAGUGGCAGCAGACGCAGACGCCAUUGCCCCCAGAAAUGCCCUUGUCCGGUUGUGGCUGCACGAGUGCACGCGGACUUUCGGCGACCGGCUGAUGUGCGGAGAAGACCGAGAGUGGUUGGAGAGGGAAAUGAAGGACUUGGCAUCUCGGAAGUUGUUUUAUUCUGCUGCUGCAGCAGCAGCAGCAGCAGCAGCAGCAGCAGCAAGGCAGCAGGGAGCAGCAGCUGCUGCGCCCCACAACUUGUGGGGCGACUGGUUCACCCCGGGGCAAAGCAGAUACACCGAAGCCCCAGCUUGGCAGCAGCUGCAGAAGGUGCUGCAGUUGUACCGGGAAGAAGCAGCAGCAGCAGCAGCAGCAGCAGCAGCAGGAGCAGCAGCAGGCCCCGCAGCAGCAGCAGCAGCAGCAGCAGCGCCCCUCGCCUCCCUCGUCUUCUUCCCCGACGCCGUCUCGCGAAUUGCUGCAGUGUCUAGACACCUCAAGCAGCAAACUCGCCAUUUGCUGCUGCUCGGAGUUGCUGCAACAGGCCGCAGCAGCAGCGCCAAACUUGCUGCUGCCAUUAGGGGUUUGCUGCUGAAGGAAUUCGUGUGUCACGCGAUCGAAGACAAAGACACUUCAGAGGCGCCCUGGGGCAGCCCGCAGCAGCAGCCUAGCAGCAGCAGCAGCAGCAGCAGCAGCAGCAGCAGCAGCAGCGGCGGCGGCGGCGGCGACCACGCCGUGGCUGGGGCUGCGAACCCCUCCCAAGCCAGCAGCAGCAGCAGCAGCAGCAGCAGCAGCAGCAGCAGCAGCAGCAGCAGCAGCGCGCUGGGCAAAUUCCGAGAAGACCUGAAAGCAGCAAUGCUAGGCGCAGGACUAGCAGCAGGAAAAGACACUUUGCUGCUGCUGAAUGAAAGUCAAAUUUUGGAUGAAAGAAUUCUGGGAGACGCAGACGCAGUGGCAAACACUGGAGAGGUGCUCCCGAGGGUAGAAGGGCUGCUAGACCCAGAGGCAGUGGAGACGAUUGUAGGGGACCUCUCUGCCUCCCCCGCGCCCCGCGACAGCAGCAGCAGCAGCAGCAGCAGCAGCAGCAGCAGCAGCAGCAGCAGCAGCAGCAGCAGCAGCGAGAGCGCGCUGCGCGUGUUCAGAGAAAACGUGCUGAAGAGGCUGAGGGUUUGCAUUUGCCUUUCUCCUGUUGGGGGGGCCUUGAGAAGAAGACUUCGUUUAUUUCCGGGAUUAACAAAAGCAUUUGCUGCUGUUUUUUUCGAAGUGUGGGGCCCCACACCUCUUGCUGCUGUUGCUGCUCACCUGUUUGCUGCAGCAGACCUGCCCCAGCUGCAGCUGCCGCAGCAGCAGCAGGAGCAGCAGCAGCAGCAGCACGGGGAGGCCGAGGAGCUCAGCGCGGAGGCGCAGCAGCAGCGGCUGCAGCAGCAGCAGCAGCAGCAGCUGCUGCAGCAGCAGCAGCAGCAGCAGCACAAAAGCAAACUCUCGCAGCUCUGCGUGAACAUACACCUCAGCGCAGAAGCAGAAGCUGCUGCCUUUUUAGAAAGAGAAGGAAAAAGGCUGCUGGCUGAGCGCCGCGAAGCCCUCAGCCGGCGGCUGCAGCUGUUCAGCGCAGGGGUGCAGCACAUAGCAGCAGCAGCAGCACAAGUGAAGCUGCUGCAGCAGGAGCUGCAGCAGCUGGGGCCCUUUUUGAGGGAAAAACACCUCAAGGCCGAGGCCCUGCUGAAGCAAGUGGAGGCGGACAAAGCAGUUGUGGACUUGGAAAAGAAAAAAGUUCAAGAAGAAGAAGCAAUUGUCAGCAGCCACAGAGCAGCAGCGCAGCAGCUGCAGCACGAGGCGCAGCAGGAGUUUGAAGAAGCUCUUCCGGCUUUAGAAGCAGCGCUCUCUUCUUUGGAUUCUCUGGACAAAAGGGACAUAACGGAAAUCAAAUCCUUCACAAAACCCCCCCCUUUGGUCUUAUUGACCCUGGAAGCCAUUUGUGUUCUUCUCGCGGAAAAGACAGACUGGGAACAUGCACGCAAAGUCCUCUCCGACACUGGGUUUUUGAAUCGUCUCACCACUUUCGACAAAGAGCAUAUCCCGGCCACUACUUUGAAGAAGCUCGAAAAGAUCCUGCAGCGGCCUGACUUCACGCCGGAAGUGGUGGGCAAACAGUCCGUUGCAGCCAUGUCGCUUUGCAUGUGGAUUUUGGCCAUCAACAAAUAUGCAAAAGUGUCUAAAGAAGUGGAGCCUAAGAGAAAAAAACUGGCGGAGGCGGACGAGGCGCUGCGGGCGGCGCAGUCGCGCUGUCAACUCGUGGAAGGAAAAGUAAAUAAAAUGAAAAAAGAAUUAAAAGAACAAAUAAAAGAAAAAGAAAAACUUGAAGAAGAAACAAAACUCUGCCAAAUCCGACUCGAACGCGCCAGCUUCCUCACCCAGGGACUCGCCAAAGAAGCCAUCCGCUGGAAAGAUAGCUUGGCAGCAGCAGCGCAGCACCUGGCGUCUGUGGAAGGAGACAGUCUCCUUGCUGCAGCAAGUUUGAUUUAUUUGGGGCCUUUGGCGGAGUCUUACAGAGAGCGGCUGCUGCUGCAGUGGCAGCAGCAGCUGCAGCAGCAGCAGCUGCUGCACAGCAGCGACUUCGACAUCCGCCAAAUCCUCUCAAAUCCCGUCGAAAUCAACGAGUGGCGCAUGCAGCAGCAACAGCAGCGGCAGCAGCAGCAGCAGCAGCAGCACUUCCCCCACCACCAGCCUGCCCACACUAGCACCCUCAUCACCCCCAACACAAACACCAGCAGCAGCAGCAACAGCACCAGCAACAGCAGCAGCAGCAGCAGCAGCAGCACCUGCACCCACAGCAGCAGCAGCACCUGCACCCACAGCAGCAGCAGCACCCGCAGCAGCAGCAGCAGUAACACCGCCAGCAGCAACAGCAACACGAGCAGCACCCGCAGUAGCAGCAGCAGCAGCAGCAGCAGUAACGCCACCAGCAGCAACAGCAACACGAGCAGCACCCGCUGCAGCAGCAGCAGCAGCAGCAGUAACACCACCAGCAGCAACAGCAACACGAGCAGCACCCGCAGCAGCAGCAGCAGCAGCAGUAACGCCACCAGCAGCAACAGCAACACGAGCAGCACCCGCUGCAGCAGCAGCAGCAGCAGUAACACCACCAGCAGCAACAGCAACACGAGCAACACCCGCUGCAGCAGCAGCAGCAGCAGUAACACCACCAGCAGCAACAGCAACACGAGCAGCACCCGCUGCAGCAGCAGCAGCAGCAGUAACACCACCAGCAGCAACAGCAACACGAGCAGCACCCGCACCCGCAGCAGCAGCAGCAGCAGCAGCAACACCACCAGCAGCAACAGCAACACGAGCAGCACCCGCAGCAGCAGCAGCAGCAGCAGCAACACCACCAGCAGCACCCGCAGCACCCGCAGCAGCAGCAGCAGCAGCAGCAGCAGCAGCAGGAGUGCGGCGUGCGUGCAGGGCCUGCCGGGGGACUCUUGCUCGACUUUUGGUGGGGUUGUUGUGAUUGGCAGCAUUUCGUUUGGGCGAACUCCGCUGGCUGUCGAUCCGCAGCAGCAGGCAAAACGGUGGUUUAGAGAAAAGGGAAAACACGAGGGUUUGCGAGCAGCAAAACUCCAAACCCCCAAACUCCAAAACCUCCUCGCGGCUUGCGCCAGGCUCGGACAGCCCAUGCUCAUAGAAGAUAUAGAGGAGGAAAUCCCCGCGUUGUUUGCGCCGCUGCUGGCGCUGCCGCUGAAGAAAAAAGGGGGUUUAGGAGUCGCUGAAAAAGUGUCGCUAGUGAGUUUCGCAGUGACUCGAGAAGGCCUCGAAGAACAACUUUUGAUGAAAAUUCUUUUUUUAGAAAACCCUCAAGUGGAGAGACAAAGCACUCAACUCCAAGUCCAAAACGCAGCAGACCUGCGCCAGCUCCAGGAACUCGAGGAGACGAUGCUGCGGCUGCUGUCGAGUUCGACGAGCAACAUUCUGGACGACUCUGCGUUGACGGAAACCCUAAAAGAGGCCUCAGCAACAGCAGCAGCAGUUGCUGCUCGAGUCACGGAAGCAGCACUUGUGCUGCAGCAACUCAGCAGCAGCAACUUAAUCUUCAAACCCUUGGCCUUCAGAGGGUCUUUUAUGUUUUUCGUUGUCAAGGAGCUCGAGAGUCUGAGCUGUAUGUACACCUCAAGCCUCGAGCUCUUCCUCGACGCCUUCACUCAAGCCAUCAAAAGCGUCCCCAAAACCCCCCAGCAGCAGCAGCAGCAGCAGCAGCAGCAGCAGCAGCAGCAGCAGCAGCAGCAGCAGCAGCAGCAGCGGCAGUUGGGGGAAGCUGCGGCGGCGGCGGCAGCUGCGGCGCCUGCGCCGGCGGCAGCAGCAGGGGCGGCGGAAGCAGCAGCAGCAGAAGCAGCAGCAGCAGCAGGGACAACAGAAGCAGCAGCGGAAGCAGCAGAAGCAGCAGCAGCAGCAGCAGCAGCAGCAGAAUCGAAAGACAGAAUCCAAACCCUAAUUCAGGAAACAACGCAUGCAGUCUACACCCAAACCCUAAUGGGGCUUUUCGAAAAACACAAACUGCCUUUUGCAUUUGCUGUUGCUGCUGAAAUCAUCAAAAGGGAACUGCACCCAGAGACUGCAGAGGCGGCAGCUCUCCUGGUCGGCGGCUGCGGGUUAAACGCUGAGGCGGGUCGCGGCGAGGGUUUGGGCGAGGGUUUGGGCGAGGGUUUAGGCGAGGGUUUAGGCGAGGGUUUAGGCGAGGGUUUGGGCGAGGGUUUGGGCGAGGGUUUGGGCGAGGGUUUGGGGCCAAACCCUCUGCCGGAGCUGCUGCAGCAGCAGCAGUGGAAGCAGCUGCUGCUGCUGUCGAGGGUUUUGCCUUCUUUAAAAGAACUGCCAAUUCAUCUCGUGGCCAACAGAGACAAAUGGAUUUCUUACUUCAGCAGCGCAAACCCUCAAACCCUAAACCCUCCUCUCUGGCAGCAGCAAAACCCCCAAACCCUCAGGGUUUUCGAAACCAUGAUGCUCCUCAACAUCGUUCGAAAGGAUGCCGUUGCUGCUUUUGCGCUGGAAGUAGUGUCUAGGGUUUUGGGCCCUUCCUUCUGCAACUUGCUGCCUCCUUCGCUGGAAGAGGCGCUCUGCUGCUGCAGCAGCAGCAAACCGCUGCUGCUGCUGCUGUCUCCUGGCGCAGACCCUGCUGCUGCUCUUGCUGCACUUGCGGAGCAGCAAAACCCUAAACCCCAAUUUGAGUGCAUUUCCCUGGGCCGGGGCCAAGCCCCCAAGGCCUCCAGGGUGCUGGCUACGGCCCUCCGGGAAGGGGGCUGGGCGUUGCUGCAGAACUGCCACUUGGCGAAAAGCUGGAUGGCGGAGCUGCAGCAGACAGUCGAGGGUUUAGGGGCUUGCCUCCAGGAGGCCCUAGGAGCGAUAAAGAGCAGCAAAAAAGAAUCAGCAGCAGCAGCAGCAGCAGCAGCAGCAGCAGCAGCAGAAGCAGCAGCAGAAGCAGACAAAGGAGAGUCUCAGUGGAAAUCUUUGAAAGUUUCUCUUCUCGUUUUUCACGCAGUGGUGCAGGAAAGAGCCUCUUACGGACCCCUGGGAUGGAAUGGCAGUUACUGCUUUUCGGUCUCGGACUUGAAGGCUUCUUUGGAGCUGCUGCGAGAUGCAGCAGCAGCAGCAGCAGCAGCAGCAGAGCAGCUCGUGCUGCAGCGCGCGCAGCAGCUGCAGCAGCAGCUCCUCGGCUGCCUCUCGCUGGUGCGGGGCCCCCAAACCCUAGACCUGCAAAGUGCUGUUGUUGCUGCUAAGGAAGCAGCAGAAGAUGCAGCAGCAGCAAGAGCAGCAGCAAGAGCAGCAGCAGCAGAAGCAGACGCAGCAGCAGCGCCACCGUCGCCAAUUGCUGCAGCAGAUGCAGCAAAAAGUGACUCUCGGGGAAAAGACCGAUUCAAACAAAUCCAAGACUCGCUAAGCGUGUUUUUCGCGCAAGAGCGCUCGCGGUACUGCAGCCUUUUGGAACUUAUAAAUGAGGGUUUGCUGCAGCUGCUGCUGUCGCUCAAGGGGGGCCCCACAGGGGGCCCCCCGGGGGGCCCCCCGGGGGGCCCCCCAGGGGGGGCCCCAGGGGGGGCCCCAGGGGGGGCCCCCGGGGGGCCCCCCGGGGGCCCCCGCUGCUACUGUUUGCCGCUGCUGUUUUACCCUUCUGGAUUUGCUGCUGCGCUGCUGCAGCAAGCAGCAAGGCAGCAGCAAGUGGCAGCUGAGCUGCUGCAGCUGGAGUUUGAGUUUAUGGGAGUUGUGGAGCCUCAACUUCUGCCGCUGCCGCAGCGGCAGCCGAAGUUUGGGGUGUACAUACACGGCCUGUCUCUGGAGGGUGGGAGUUGGGAUUUGCUGCAGCAGCAGCUCAGCAGCAAAACUAAUUCUUUGAUUUGUGAGCCAUUUCCAGUAAUGUUUGUGAGUCCUAGAGUCUCUGCUGCAGCAGCAGCAGCAGCAGCAGCAGCAGCAGCAGCAGACGCGGCAGCAGCAGCAAACGCGGCCGCAGCAGCAGACGAAGACGCUGCAGCAGCCGAGGAUGCUGCUGCAGCAGACACAGAAGCAGCAGCAGCAGCAGCAGCAAACGAGGCAGCAGCAGAUAAUGUCUACAGCUGCCCAGUAUAUGCAACUGCAGCAAGAGGAGGCCCAGAAAACUGCGUCUUAUCGGUGCCGCUGCCAACAGCAGUACCUUCAUCUACUUGCAUCCUCAGAGGCACGGCGCUGCUGCUGGAGCCUAGAGAAUGA